CCUGGCUGGUCGAUCGGAUAAGGAGAGAAUAACUAGGAGAGAGAGCGACUCAAGCCACGUCCGAAUCCCCAAUCCUUUGACCAACACACGCGGAGGCUCCCAUGGCCGCUCGGCCGCAUCAACGCGGAAAGGUGCUCCCGCCGUGCUCUUCCUCGUCGGAGGAGCCGCCGGGGAGGCGGGUGCUAAGCACAGCGCCAUUGGGGAGGCCAAGGGAGGCGGGCUCCCAUGUGCCUGCGCGGAAACCGUGCUAGUGGGAGGCCAUUGCCGCCGCGGCGCAGGAUGCGGCGAGCUUCGGGUGGCGGCGUCGGUGGCCGCGCUGGUGACGGGAGGUCUCCGUCGGCUGCCGCCGGGUGGUUCCGGACGGCGCGCGUCGCCCAACCGCUGGUCGUGAAGACCAAGCGCGCCAGGAGCACCACCGUGCCAGGAGGCCGCGGCCGCGUACACGGCGGACUGCAAGGAUGCAAGCCGUGCUAUACCGCGGGCAUGGCUACAGCUGAGGCAAGCGCGGACGCGAGCGUUGCGGAGACUCAAUUCACUCGGUGGCGAGCGUGAGCGCCGCCGGGCUCCAUUUGCCGGUGCGGCCGGAGUAGCAUCUUGGCGGCGGGACGCCAAUGGCCAGGAGACGGCGGCGAGCGCCCGUGCGCGGCGAAGAUGGAGUGGUGGCCGGCGGCGACGGGGAUGAUGGCCACGGCCUCCGCCGGGGGUACCUGCAUCUAGUCCGAAGGCGGCCGCACGCGCUGGGUACCGUCGCCGAUGGGCCAUGGUCCGCGCGCCGUCACCUCGUCCUCCAGGCACCGACCUCUCCCUUUCUUCCGUUCUUCUUUUCCUGUGAUUCUGGGCAGAGCUCUCGGCAGAGCUCGUGCUGAUAACGUGUUGAAUGUAAAUGAGAAUGAAUCGAACUUCUAUCUUUCAUUGAUCA